UCCCUCUUUUCUCCAAUUAUCUCCAUUUUUGCGCAAAAAAUAGCCUUUUGAUGAUCAAUCCUGGAAAGAACUCAACAAUCUACACUCAAUUAGGCAAUUCCUUCUUCAAAUGGGCUCACUUCUUUAUCUUACUCUGACAUUACUUUCAUUGGCAUUCACCGUGACUCUUACAACUCAAGCACAAGGUAUAAAAUCAUCGCGACUUCUUGAUCUAGUCCUACGAGACAAUACAUUCCGUUAUUACAACACAAAGAAGUUCAAAACCGCGAAAUUAUACCCCAUACAGUUACCAUCCAAUCUAUCAGGCAUCAAAGUCGAUUCAAUAAGGUAUCGUUGUGGUAGUCUAGCAAGAUAUGGUGCAAAAAUUAAAGAAUUUAAAUUGCCAAUUGGGGUAAGUAUUCAACAUUGUGCUGAAAGAGUACUUAUCAUUCGACAAAAUCUUGGAUCUAAUUGGUCUUCGAUUUACUAUGAUAACUAUGAAUUAUCAGGUUAUCAACUUGUUUCCCCUGUUUUAGCAUUAUUAGUAUACAAUGCUGGUGAUGACAUUGUAACAUCGUCUAAUAUUCCAUUUGAACUGAAAUUUCUAUCUGAUAAAUCUCCGAUCACUAUUGAUUUUAGCAACACUACAAGAGUAGUAAAUUCCACCCCUGGGAUCAUACCAUUAUGUGCUAGCUUUGAGCGCGAUGGAAAGGUGAUACUAACAAAACAAGUGUCACAAAAUGUUUGCUCUGCUUCAAAACAGGGGCAUUUUGGUUUGGUUAUUGAGUCGCCUUUGAUACCUUUGAAAAAUAAGCGGGAAAGUAAGUGGAAACUAGCUAUUGGGAGCUCGAUUGGAGCUGCAUUGGGCGCGUUUCUAUUAGGUUUGUUAUUAAUAGCGAUAUUCGCGAAGGUGAAGAAGAAAGCAAGGAUGGAGGAAUUGGUAAGAAGAGCAUAUGAAGAAGAAGCUUUGCAAGUUUCAAUGGUUGGACAUGUUAGAGCACCAAUUGCAGCAGGUACUAGGACUGUUCCAACUAUUGAACAUGAGUAUAGUCAUCAUAAUACUUCUUAA